AUGAAAGAUGGAGCAGAGGAGGAGGACGAAGGGACGGAGACGGAGGUGGAAGAAGAGGUCGAGCAGGAACAGGGGGUACAGGACGACAGCAUCAUGAUCAUCGACGACGACCAAACGACGAUCACCACGGUUUCCCGCGAGUCGACUCCUCGGAGUCCCUCGUGGCCUCCACUAUCUCCUGAGACGUUGGCAAAGUCGCUGCGCGAGGGUGCGGAGUGGGACCGAGCUAACGCCGAAGCUGCUGCACGUGUCCAAGCAGAAAAGGAGGCGAUCAUCAACGCCCAACUCGACGCGGAGGAACCGCUCGUUCGCCACCAAUUUGCAGAGUGGGGUCAGGAAGAUGGACAACUGCGAUUCAUCAACAUUCGUGGCACCGGCUCCGGGUCGAACAAGAAGAUGAAGAGGUCGCAAACGGUGGCCGAUCUCAGCGAUCCGAGCGACGACCCGGUCGAUAUCAAGCGCGUUCUGAACAGGGUCAAAGGUCGAGCAGGAAAGGAGGUAGCGGGUCAGGGGAAGAGGGUGACGAGGUCGAUGUCGGCGGCGGCGGCGAUGCAGGUCGAGGGGGCCAAGGCGAAAGCGGAGAAGGGUAAAGGGGUGGAGGAGGAGAAGCGCUGGUCCGACCACGAGCCCGAAGAUGACAUUCUCCCCGAAUUCCCACUCUUUGAGGACGACACUACCGCCAAGAGCACGUCUACAUCGUCUAUCCAAUAAUGAUCAAGCACACCAUCACCAGCUGGAACGUGAGGAGGUGCAUGGGGAUCCCGGAAAAGCGACGCAACAUUUACACCUAUUUAUCAACAUUCAAAGCAUCCGCCAUUCUACUACAAGAACACUUCAUCAAACCGGAACUCUGGCAAUGUAUCAAGGACGAGUACGAGGGCAAGGUCUUCAUCAGCAAACACUGUCUGACUCUGAUCCCCGCCGACUCGCCCCUGAUCGACGCCGAGAUUUUGCGCACCCACUCGGCACUCGACGGACGAAUCCUGGUCACCUCCUUUCGACUUCGAGGCGACAUCCGGAUACUCGAGAUCAACAACAUUUACGCACCAGUCGAUACAAAACAACGACUCACAUUCUUUGACAAACUACAUUUCCACAGGACGCAGAGCACCCACCUUCGACUCCUCGGCGGCGAUCUCAACGACUGCCCGCUGCCGGCGAUCGAUCGGCGGAACCAAGGUCGGCACGGCCAUCACUGGCCGAUCCUGAUCGGCAAGCUCGACUCGCCCUACACCGACUGCAUACGAUUCAAACACCCGCUCACACCAUCUUUCACUCGACCCAACAUCGUCCGCAAGCGACCAAAGUCCUUUUCACGACUUGACUACUUCCUUCUGCAGCGCACCCACCAAAAGCGACUCGUCCAAGCCUCGACGAUCUACGACCACCCCAAGGACCUUUCGGAUCACCGACCGGUCUCGAUCGUCCUAGUUCUCUCGGAUGAGCGAGGAGACGCGGCUCAACCCAACAAUAGUUUACCAACGACAUCAAACCAAUUACAUCGUAUCAACGCAGCGACCUUCAAGACGGCGGAGUUCCAGGGGAUGUUGGAAGGAUGGUUGGAAGGAGCGAGUGGGGAGGAACCGGUGGGGGAGCUCGAGGUGGUGCUGGGGAACUGCGCGAAGGAGGGUCGGGAGCUGGCGAGGAGGGAGCAUCGGGAGCGGGUGGAGCGGAUGGCGGUCUUGGUGGGAAGGGUGCAGGAUCUGGAGGCGUUGCCGGUGAUGGGGGACGAGGAGACGGCCGAAUGGACGCGGACGACGGAGGAACUUAGGCGAGCGGUCAACGAGCGCGCGCGCCAACUUCGGAUCCGAGCCCACGUACCCGAAAUCGCUACCGAGGAACGACUGUCGCGGCCGGUCCACGCCAAGCUCGCGGCACGGAGUUCGGAUUCCAAGAUCACAGCACUGCGAUUGCCCAACGGAGAGCUGACACAUGACAUUGACGUCGCGCUUGACCACACACAGGCGCACUUUCAGCGCCUCUACGAUCUCGAGCCGCGCGAUCGGGACCACGUCGAGCGACUUAGGGACGAUUUCUUGGCGCCGAUCAGGUCGGCGCGCACUUGCGAUGACCCGAGCUCGGACCCGCUCUUUCUGCGACGACUCUCGGAAGCGCACAUCGAGCUGCUGCAGCAACCCAUCACCGAGGACGAGGUCGUAGCCGCAAUCGCAACAACACACCCCGGUCGAUCGCCGGGUCCAUCUGGCGUGCCCUACGAGCUCUAUCACACAGCGCCGCGGGCGUGGGCCAAGGCGCUGAGCAGGGCCUUCAACGCGAUGACCGAGCGCGGCUCGCUUUCACCGAAGCAGGGGCAAGGACUCGCUCGCCUGCUCUUCAAGCACCACAAGAUCGGGGCCGAUCGCGCCGAGCUCUCGUCGUACCGGCCCAUCACCUUGCGCGAGUGCGACUACAAGCUCUUCACCAAGGUCUACGUUGCGCGACUCAACCACGUGCUGCCGGACCUGCUCCCACCGCAACAGCACGGCUUCGUCAAGGGCCGCCGAUCGGCGGACGCGUCAUUCCACCUGCGACUCUUGAUCGAAGAGCUGGGCGCGCGCGGCACCGAGUUCCCUGACGCGGCGCUCUUGUCUCUUGACCAAUCGUCGGCUUACGACCUCGUCGAGCACGAAUGGAUCUUCGCCAUCUUCGACGCUCUCGGCGCUCCUGCCGCCUUCCAACGCGUUCUGAGGAUGCUCUACUCGGGUGACUCAACCACGGCGCGAUAUAUCAUCAACGGCUUCUUGACUCCGCCGGUGCGGCUGACGUGUGGGCUCGGCCAAGGGGACCCGGCGUCGUCGUCGGUCUGGGAUGUCGUGUUCCAGCCGUUCCUGGAUGCUCUGCACCGUCGAGGCAUCGCGCUGAACCUCUCGCUUCCUACCAUUCACCCCUACCCACAGAGCCGCGCCAUUACAUCCCUUGCGUUUGCCGAUGACGUCGUCGUCGCUGUCGCGGGCUCGGAGUCACUCAACUUGCUCGACGACCUGGCGCUCGACUGGAGGCUCGCAACCAAUGGCCGGCUCAACACCGACAAGACCGUCGUACUACCCAUCGGGUGUCGCUGGGAGGCUGGCGAUCGUCCGCUCGUCGUCAAGGCCGAGGGCGAGUCGCUCGAGUGGAUCGGCCUAUCUUUCGACCCCACCGGCAACACCGAACUCGCCAACGUGAAUCUCGUCGCACGGCUCGAAGCGGUGCUCGAUUCGGCACGGGACCGAGGGCUCACACACCACACCCGAGCGUUCUACGUCAACCGAUACGCCAUUCCCAAGAUUCUGCACAUCCUCUCCGCCGACAUCCCACCGCUCGAGGUCGUCAAGGAGCUUGAUCGCAUUCUCGCCGACUUUGUCCGCGGCGGCAAGAGGAGGUCGUGCUAUGGCAAGGACGUCGUCUUCACACCGAGGUUCAAGGGGGGUCUUGGGGUCAUGCGGAUGCAGGACGUCGUCGACUCGGUUGCGGCACGCGUCUGGGACGUGCUUCUUGGCGGUUCGGAUGCGAUCUGGCAGGGACUUGCGCGCGCGGCGAUUGUACGAGCCCAUCCCGCCCCCGACUUUGACUUGGCAACCGAUGCGUGGCCUUGCGACUACACUCCGAUCCGAACCGAUCUACACCCAAGAUGGCAGGCCGUGCUGAAGGUACCAUCGACGCACAAUGCGCAAGUCAAGCCGAGGACGUUGACGCUCGCGAACCUUCUCGCUCUUCCGAUCAAGUUGCACACCCUUCACUACCUACCGGGAGCACCAGCUGUGUCGCGACCACCCUACGACGCCGACUAUGCUGCGUUUGCCAUUUACGCCAAGGUAGCGGACCUGUUUCGACGCGAGCUGUACCCGGGCGGGGGCUUUCAUCUCUGGACGCCGCCGACGGAUGUGGUCGUCAGCAACAGCGAAUACGAUCAACGGGGCCGCCCACAACGAGAGCACAUCGUGGCAUGGUACCGACAUGCGAUCAAUCGAUUGAGGUUCACACCAAUAGCUCAACCGGUGGCGGCAGUACGAAUCAACGGGCCUCCCCGAGUCCGCCCCACCACGCCGCUCGAGUCGAUCCUGCCCCAUCCGAUCGACCCGCCGCAGCGCCUUCCGAGACCGGCUCUCCCAGACCAAUCAACACAAUACAACUUGCUCAGCAUGGAUCGGCCAUACACCAUCCGUCGCGUCCGCCGAGUCUUGAAUGCAAAGGCCUUCACCGACACGAUCGGUUUCAGGGACUCGCUGCAGCCCGACGAUCUCAAGGGAUUCUGGAAGGGGGUCAACUCGAAGGCAUUGACGGCGAGGGAACGCGAGGUGUGGUUCAAGCUCGUCAGGAACUUCACCCCGACUCGGAGUCUGCAGUUUCAUCAAAAGCACGACGACUCGCCCGCGUGCCUCGUCUGUGGAGCGCCCAAGGACGAUCGGGAGCACUACUUCUUCGACUGCGUUGACUCUAGGAACGUUUGGAUCGCGGCAAGGGGCGUGCUCUGCGACGCACUGGGGCUCGACACGAUCGACAACACGCAUUACACGGCCGUUCAACGCAUGUUCGGACUUCCGAAGCUCAAGGCCAGUCUGCGCGAUCAAGAAGGAGCGGGGAGGACGAUCGAAAUAUUCACCGGGCUGGUCUUGGAGAUGAUCAGCAGCGGGAGGUGGGGGAUGCAGAAGUGGGGGACGAGGAUGGAGGGUGUUGGGAGGAGGAGGAUAAUCUUGGAGGAGAGGUUGAAGCUGAGGGCGGGAGGAGCUUGGGGGAGGAGAAGGCAGUAGAGGCUGGGUUCGACUUUCCCCCCACCACCACACACACACACCAAAUUCUCGUGACAUCAUUUUCUCCUACUGUACACUAAAUAGCUCGCUUUCCUCUUUCUUUUGUUACAGGUUCACCGUUGCGGAUCAUGGACCAUCUCGCGAUUUGGCGUCGACUCGGUGUGGCUCGCGCUCUUCGGCUUCGGGGUUCUGAGUCAAGGGAGGGAUCAGCGGACACAGGCAGAAAGUCGGCUUUGAGGGGCCAGGGACUGCCGAGGGGGAGGUUUUGAGGGACCUUCACCGCGUCUUGUUGUGACUGAGCAGAGACUUGGAGCGUCGAGGGUCGUGGUGGUUGCGCAGUCGUGCUCUUGUCUUCGUCUCGACCGAGUGGGAAGUGGCUGUGGGGUGGGCCUUCUGUCGUUAGUACAUUUCUUUUCUUUCUCUUUCUCUUUCUCUUUCUCUUUCUCUUCAUCUCUCUUUCACACUCUCAUUCGUCUCCUGGGGGGGAGCAACCGCUUGGCUAGGGCAUUUGAAUCCGAAUCUCGGAUUGGUGGACUUGGCUCGUUUCUCGCACUUUUGCGGGCGGUUUGUGUUAUCAUCGUAGUCUUCCAUCUAGUUUUUCCGUAGGCCGAAACAGGGGGAACAGGAAUUGGGGGCAAUAUGAUGAACGUUUUCUACAAAAAAAAAAGGUCAACUCGAAGGCACUGACAGCGAGGGAGAGGGAAGUUUGGUUCAAGCUGAUUCUCCGCUUCACCCCGACGCGCAAGCUCCAGCACGAGCAAAAGCACGACACUUCUCCCGCGUGCCUCGUCUGCGAAGCGCCGGUGGACGACACCGAUCACUACUUUUUCGGCUGUGUCGACUCGCGGAACGUCUGGACCGCGGCAAGGGGCGUGCUCUGCGACGCGCUCGGAUGCGACACGAUCGAGGACGCCGAGUACACGACACUACAACGACUCUUUGGCCUCCCCAAGCUCAAGGCCAAGCUCAGCGAACAGGAAGGCGCAGGCAGGACGAUCGAGAUCUUCACGGGGAUGGUCUUGGAGAUGAUCAGCAGUGGGAGAUGGAGGAUGCAGAAGCACGGGACGAGGAUGGAAAGCCUGGAGCGGAGGAGGGUGGUACUGGAGGAGAGGAUGAAGUUGAGGGCGGGGGGAGCAAGGGGCGGGCGAGGGCAGUAG